UGCAGAACAGACAAAAUCCUGAAGUGGCUUUUGGUCAAAAUAUUUGAAACCCUUUGAUAGUUGAACUCAUAUCCAAAUUUAAUGUUAACUACUUAUCCAAUCGAAGACAAUGUCAAUGGAAAUCAAAAAGGAAACCGCUAAUAUUCCAAAGCCCGCUCAUGGGCCAAUUAAAGUCAUGCCGCCAAAAGAAACAUGUGGAAUCGGUGAUAGCCUCGUGGGGAAGUCGUUAAGUCCGUGCAAUUCCGUGGAGAAUUUAUCGGACUUAUCCCUGGAUUCAUCGUUCGCAUCAUGCGAAUCCUUUAAAACCAUAUGUAGGGCAUGGAGAAAUCGCGUGAAAAGCGCGUCGACCAUGAGCUUGGGCAGAGGCACCAACGGUUCCGAAGCUGAGUUGGGAGAUAUGACGUCAAGGGUUGACAUAAGCAACAAGGUCUGCGCAGUUGAUUCCGAGGACCUGGCGACACGCCUCUCACUCUGCGUCGUCCUGGAGAGUCGCGCACUGCGAUUCACCGAUAGCAGCGAGGAGGACCUGCCGCACGCUGUGACCAAGCCAUCGCAGCGCUUCUUUGAGCCCGAGGAGAUUCGUGAGGCAUUUGCUGCCUUCAAGCAAUACGAUGGCAAUGGCGACAACUAUAUUGAGCUGUGCGAACUUAAGUUAGCCCUGGAGAAGCUAUCGGUGCCACAGACGCACCUAGCCGCCAAGCAGCUCAUGGCUCAGAUCGUCGGCCAGCAUGCCAGACAGAUGAAUUUUUGCCAGUUCCUGCUCACCUACGCUGCGAUCCUGGAAAGCAACAAGUCGAGAGUCGGCCAGCCGAUGAACUCUCAGUUGGAUCUGAAACGGCCCAGGGAGUACGUCAACGUUUCCGAGGUGGGCGUCAGAGGGGCAAAACGUUUCUUCGAGUCCAAGAUUGCAGAGCAAAUUCCAGAUCAGAAUUUCGCUCUGGCCAAGCAAGAGAACGACCAAAUCAACAGAAUUCCAAAGACAUAAAUGGAGCCUAUCAGGUCGAUUUUAAUUGUGUUCGCUUUGGACUUGCAACCCGCAUUAAAUUCAAAUUCUGUCGUAUCCCCACUCAGUUACAUAUUUCGACAACUUCAAGCACGCCUCUGUUUUUAUUUGUAGCCUUUCUGUGAAAAAUGUUACGUGCUCUGCUGGCCGGGCUGACCUUGUAUCCAGCCAAGCCUCAUAAAUCACGUUUCAAUAAAACAAAACGAAAAACUUAA